UGAGGAGCAGCCGAGUAACGCACAACUUGAACUCGUACCACCACCUUCUACAUCGCCAUGCAGUCGUCCUGCUUUGUAGGACUCUCGCGAAACAUCAUCCAGCAACUGGGCUUCGGCGGUCUCAGACAUGCCCUUGCGCGCGACGUCAGCAGACUUAGCGGGCCGAAGUCUGCGUUCUCCCACUCUGCAUGGCGCAACAACGCAUCUUAUCCGAGCAAGUCGCCGUUUGUAUCAACGUAUCCGGUGAUUUCAGCUAGAGGAGCCCUGCCAUUCUGGCUCAAGGCAGGAGGUGUCGCCGGAGUGGGUUUGGGUCUCUCGAUCUUUGCUGCACCAACGAUAUUCUGCGAGCAGAUGCAACAACCCAACAGCAGGGUUCAUUCCACGCCACUGUCCAAGCCGAGUCAAGCAUCGCCAGGCUUCCAGUCUCCAGAAGCACCUCCGCCACAGUCGAGUGUCAGCUACUAUGAGCUCACCUUCGGAACCGUCGCAGGCAUAUGCGCGGGAGUCUUCGUCAAGAAAGGUGCCAAGGCAGUAGCCUUCAUGCUCGGCGGUGUUUUUGUCUUGCUCCAGUACCUAGGCUCUCUCAACCUUCUGCGCGUUGACUGGCCGCGCAUGGCCUCCCGUUUCGAGAACCUGUUCUACACGACAGACGCAGUCGGGCGGAAGAAAGCGCCCAACGUCGGCUCACUCCUGAGGUGGAUCACGGAUUUCCUGACUGCCGACUUCCAGCAAAGGGCAUCAUUCAUCGCAGGCUUCGCAUUGGGCAUCAGGAUUGGGUAAAUAAUGAUAUUCAUCAAGGAAUCAAUGUUGUGUUCGGGUUGCAAAAGGCAUCUCUGUACGACCAUUGGACCUUGUCAACAGGCCUGUCCGAAGACCGCGUGCCGGAUUAUGCUGUGUGUUCACAGGGUCAUAAUGACUUCUGCGAACUACAAUAGUGCAAGAAGAUCAGUCGAUGUCCUGGCAAGCAGAUCGACUAUGUACAUGGACU